AUGAAAUUCGGUCGCAAAAUCAAGACCGACGUCUACAACGAGUGGAGAGAACACUACAUCGACUACGCAAAGCUCAAGAAAUAUCUCAAAGAGGGAAACAGCCGUGGGACAUGGACCCAAGACCGCGAACAGGGCUUUAUCCAACUCCUCGAGGGGGAACUUGAAAAGAUUCAGAGCUUCCAGGCUUCAAAGGUGGCCGAGCUUGCAGCACGCAUCCGUCAGGCAGAAAACGAGGUCAAGCAGCUUGUAGAGGGAUAUCCCGAGGAUGAGAACGAAGAAGAUCAUCCCUCUGAUCCCAACAACCGUGACAUCGAACGGGAUGCCCGCGCCAUGGACGAAGGCUCGGACGACGAUGGAGACAGUGAUUUACAUAGUGCUGAUGCACUGGAAGAGAAAUGGAGCGAGCUAGAGGAAACGGUUGCGAUUCUGGUCGCAGACGUACACGACUUGGCACUGUACACCAAACUCAACUUUACCGGGUUUGUGAAAAUUGUCAAGAAACAUGAUAAACGUACUGGUCUCUCCCUGAAAGCAACCUUUGUUCGCGAUUACCUGGAGAAGCGUCCGUUUUACAAGUACAAUUGGGAUGCCCUCAUCGUCAAACUUUCUCGCUUGUAUGACCUUGUCAGGACACGUGGUCAUCCUGUGCAAGGAGACUCGUCUGCAGGAGGAGCACAGAGUGCUUUCGUUCGCCAGACGACCAAGUACUGGGUCCAUCCAGACAACUUGGUCCAUCUCAAGCUCCAGAUCCUGCGUCAUCUUCCGGUAUUAGUUUUCAACCCCAACAAAGAAUUUGAACCGGCAGACUCGGCGAUUACAUCCAUUUACUUUGACAACGAGGACCUGGAGCUGUAUUUGGGACGGGUGGAGAAGACCGAAGGUGCUGAAGCCAUCCGUUUACGAUGGUACGGGGAUAUGAACGUGAAGACUAUUUUCGUCGAGCGCAAGACUCACAGAGAAGACUGGACCGGAGAGAAAUCCGUCAAGGCACGGUUCCCUAUCAAGGAGGACAAAGUCAAUGCGUUCAUUCGAGGAGAGUACACCAUGGAUGCCGAGUUUGAGGCGUUGUUCGAGAAGGGAAAGAAGACUCGUGCAGAAGUCGACUCGAUGAUCCAACUUGCUCAAGAGGUACAAUACGCAAUCAUUACAAGAAAGUUGCAACCAGUUAUGAGAACGUUUUACAAUAGAACCGCGUUCCAACUUCCAGGGGAUGCUCGUGUUCGUAUCUCUCUGGACACCGAGUUGACUAUGGUUCGUGAAGAUAAUUGGGACGGAGAUAUUCGAUCCGGCUCGAACUGGCGUCGCAUGGAUAUCGGCAUUGAUCAUCCGUUUAACCAACUACGCGCUGAAGAUAGAGAGCUCUUCCCUUACGGCGUGCUUGAAGUCAAACUUCAGACUCAGUUUGGUCAGGAGCCGCCGCUAUGGGUUCGCGAGCUGGUUUCGAGUCAUCUCGUGGAGAGUAUCCCCAAGUUUAGUAAAUUCAUUCAUGGUUGUGCGACCUUGCUCCCUCAUCGCGUUGACUUGGUUCCAUUUUGGCUGCCACAGAUGGAUAUUGACAUUCGUAAACCCGACACUGGCAACGUCACUAUUGACCGCCCAACACCGAACCUCUCGAAUCAGAAUACCGAUUCGACAUCUACGCCCAAUCGUUUACCCAGUCCCCACCAUAUGGAUAUCUACACCGAGCCUGUGUCAGAAGGAGAAGAGGACGAAGACAUGGCGGUUGGUGUCGCGAUGAACGAGGUCGGCUCCGCUAGGGUACCUUUGAGCGAGGCAUUGGAGGCGAUUGCCUAUCGUGAAAAGGAGCUUAGGCGACAAGAAGCUGAAUUAGAAGCUCGAGUCAAGCAGAGACAACAAGCAGAGGAAGAGGAUGCUGAUGAGCGCCAACCAUUCCUCAAGAAAAGACGCAAUUCAAAUGCGCAACAACCGAUUCAAACACUGUCCAUUAACCCUCUUGCGCCUGCAAGUGAAUUCGACAAGUCGCUACAGAAGAAACUCAAGGGUACUGCAAAACGUAGGCAACAAGAAGAAGAAGAAGCAGAGACGAAUGGAGCUACCGUGGAUGAAGAAGGAGAUACAGUGGCCUAUAUUCGCGAGUUUGUAGCACAGCCGGGCAAACGUAUCGCUGUCCCCGUCCGUGUCGAACCCAAGGUGUUCUUUGCGCAGGAAAGGACAUUCUUGAAAUGGCUACAUUUCGCUGUUCUCAUUGGGACUGUCGCCACCGCUCUCCUCAAUUUCUCCAAGCCUGGGGAUCGCGUUGGAUUGAUCUGCGCUGGGGCGUUUACUUUCUCAGCCUUGGCUUCGAUUGCAUAUGCGGCUGGUAUGUUUUAUCAUCGGACACAGAGCUUGAGGGCACGUUCUAGCGACGCGCGGUACUAUGACCCAUACGGACCGACGGCGCUCUGCAUAAUCCUCGCUGGUGCGACGAUUAUCAAUUUCGUGUAUCAGUGGCCAUUCUAG